AACAACGGUUGAAGCCUAUUUUUAAUCUACAGGUUCUACUGUAAUUUAUUUUGCAAUAGUGUGGGGAUUAUUACAUUUAUAAUGAUUUUGAUGGUUAGAUCUUUACUCUCAGAGCCUUCUCCCAGCAUGCCUCAGUGCAGGCGGUGAGGACAAGUGCAAACUCCUACCUGCUCAACCACGCUGCCAUGAUUCUCCAACGCCUCUUCCGGUUCUCCAUGGCCCUACGCUCUACCCUUUCCCUUCAACUCCAGCGGAACAUCGGCUUCACGGCCAUCGCCUUCAACAAGACCAAGGAUCUCGAUCCCAUCCAGAAGCUCUUCAUUGAUAAGAUUCGUGACUAUGACGUUAAAAGCAAGAAAGCAGGUGGCAUUGUUGAUGCUGGCCCAGAGUUUCAGAAGAACAUGGAGCAGGAGAUAACCAAGUUGCAGCGACUCUAUGGUGGAGGAGAUCUUGAGAAGUUCCCAGAUUUUAAAUUUGAGGAACCAAAAUUUGAAGAAGUCAGCAAGUGAUUAGUUUCCAGAAAAAGGAAUUGUCUUUUCGUCAUUGUUUCCCAAGGCUGUAAAAUUGUAAUUUAAUAAACUCUCUUAGAUUACGAUCUCA